AUGAGGACGCUCAAAAGGCGAAAAGUAUGGUUCAUCAACCUCCAACCAAGGGAGUUCUCUACGAACCCUGUCCAGAGAGGUAGCCAGGAGGCCUGCGGAUACGAAGAGGAAGUGCAAGGCGCGCCCUCGAGCAGCAGCACCCUGGUAUUCGAGCUCCUCGGGGCAAUUGAAUACUAUAUAUAUUACUGUCUGGCUUCUAUUGCCAGCGCAUACCGGUACGUUAAGAAGCUCGCAGGCCUCGAAUUUAUUCGGCAUACAUUAACAUCCCAUAGCAUACCAGAUCUCUCUGAUCUCGAAAAUGCCCGCUACAAGGACGAAACAGCACAAGAGUUCAUUGAUAAACGCAGGGAAUACCUACAGCGUGAGCUGAGGGAGUCACAAGCAAACCAUGAUGCCGCCAACAUCGGUCGAGCCUGCGCAUGA